CUCAUUCCAUAUGGAAUGCAAUGCCUGAUGAUUGAGCGCACAUGAAAUAGCUAUUCGUCAUUAUUCGACCUCGAUCCAACCGUCACUGCAGUACCGCCGUUACCAUCUGUUUGGAAUCUGUGUAGCGUUGCGAUCAUGAUCCCAUCACUCCGGCAUCUUGAUCCCCAACAUACAUAAACUAGGCGUCCUUGUGGUGCUUAGCCCCUCGCUGCUGGCGUCAAUCAAGCCCUCUAACCUAUUUCGUUGUGCGUUUCCCUCUGACCCGGUGUACUGGUUACACUUGCCGUCCCUCAUUCCCGUCGCGCUUCGUUCCAAAAAUAAUUACUCAAGAACCGUACUAGCUAACAUGCGUGUAUUUGUAUUCGCCUCUCUUAUCGGCUGCUUCAUGGUCUUCCCAGUCAUGGCUACUUCCUUCAACGUUGGCGACAUCUUAAACUCGGGACUGACAGAGAAGCAUCAUGAGGAAAUCACCCACGAGCGUCGGGACGGCGGGACCCAAGGCUUAGGAUCCUUCGGUGAUUGGGACUCGGGGAGCCCGGUUUCGUUCACCACACGAAGCCUCCUUGACGAACUAAUCAACAAAAUUAGUUCCAAGCGCGAUGAAGAGGUCCCCGCUGCUGAUAUCGGUGCUGAUGCUGAGGAAGCAGAGCUCCUUAGGCGUGCACUUUUGUCCAAGGAUAGACCCCUCGCCAAACUUGUUCUGGCUCGUAAAGUGGCUGAUAAGCAAGGACGAGGUUCUGGGAAGUCCUGGUCCCGUCGAAGUCCCCAAAGCCAGCUGCCCAAAUUCAGAAUUGGCCUUGCAGGAGCGGGUUACUUCGCACCUGCAUCUCGCAUCAACAGACGUGCAUCCGAAACUAAUCAUGGUUUGGCUGAUAUCAUCAAGGCAAUGAGUGUUCGCAGGAGUCACCUCACGUAUGACCCACUUGUUUACGCUACUGGGAAUUACAAAAAUCUAAACCUAAUUUGAUGGUAAUCCCCAUUUCUUUGUUCCUUUGGAUCUGCUUCCCAGUCCCGCGCUAUCUAAUUUUAUUGAGGCUCUUGGAGAAUGAACGGGGUUGACUGUUUCUGUUUCAUCUUUGGAUGCCCAUCACAUUGACCACAAGAUUUAUCUGGCUCCGCUUACAUGUAUUGUCCAAAAGUUGUACCUGCGUAAUGGCUAAUCAGACAGAUUCCCGUCCUGACUGACGAUGCGGGCGACAUUCCUCGGGAGUGGCGUUCGAGCCAAAACUGUCGCCGCAACGUCAUCGGU